AUGCAGCCCGCCGCCUCCCAUGUGACCUCCACCCUCCGCCGCCGCCUCCUCUCCGCCUCCCGCCGGCCUCCCUGCCUCGCCCCUCCGACCUCCCCGACCGUCUACUGCGGAGCCGUGACGGAGGAGAGGCACCCAUGGAGCUCGCCGGCGACGACCUCGAGCUGCUCCCCCACCGCCCCGCCGCCGGCUGCUGCUCCCGCCCCCCGCCCCCUCUCCGCUCCCGUCGCCGGGAAAUGGCCGCACCGCCAGCUCCACCGCCUCAACGUCCCCGACCACCAGGUUGAUGCUAUGAGGGUAGGACUCCGAAGUCUGACCAGCACUUCCGCUUCAACCAGAGUCACCUACGGCCAUAGGUGCUCCAAUGCAUAUUCGACUUGUUGCGCCACAAAGCCAGAAGUGCUACCAGUGGAAACACGGGCAUCGGAUAUGCUUGUCGAUUCAUUCGGGAGGUUUCACAAUUACUUGAGGAUCUCCUUGACUGAGCGUUGUAACCUGAGAUGUCAGUACUGCAUGCCUGCCGAGGGAGUCGAGCUCACGCCAAAGUCAGAGCUUCUGUCACAUGACGAGAUAAUCCGAAUUGCCAAUCUUUUUGUUACUUCUGGUGUGGACAAGAUCAGGUUAACUGGUGGAGAACCAACCGUUAGAAAAGACCUUGAAGAUAUUUGCUUGCAUCUUUCUGGCCUCAAGGGGCUGAAAACUAUUGCGAUGACCACAAAUGGCAUCGUUCUUUCCAAGAAGCUCCCGAGACUGAAAGAAUGUGGUCUUAACGCUUUAAAUAUUAGCUUGGACACAUUGAUUCCUGCAAAGUUCGAAUUCAUGACGAGGCGGAAAGGGCACUCAAAGGUCAUGGAAUCAAUAGAUACUGCCAUACAACUUGGAUAUGACCCCGUCAAGAUUAACUGUGUUAUCAUGCGUGGAACGAAUGAUGAUGAAAUCUGCGAUUUUGUUGAAUUGACUAGACACAAACCUAUUAAUGUUCGAUUUAUUGAGUUUAUGCCAUUUGAUGGUAAUGUUUGGAAUGUCAAGAAGCUGGUCCCUUAUGCAGAGAUACUGGAUAAAGUGCGUCAACGUUUCAAAGGUGUAGAGAGACUUCAAGAUCAUCCUUCAGACACCGCAAAGAAUUUCAAGAUUGAUGGGCAUGUUGGAACAAUUUCAUUUAUUACAUCAAUGACAGAGCAUUUUUGUGCUGGUUGCAAUAGAUUGCGAUUAUUGGCUGAUGGCAACUUUAAAGUGUGCUUAUUUGGCCCCUCAGAGGUGAGCUUGAGAGAGCCUAUUCAUUCUGGUAUUGAUGAUGCUGGACUGAAGGAAAUAAUUAGUGCUGCGGUUAAAAGGAAAAAAGCUAAACAUGCCGGGAUGUUUGAUAUUGCGAAGACAGCAAAUAGACCUAUGAUACAUAUCGGUGGCUGA